GAGGAACUGCUGACGGCCGCCUAGAUUGGGGCCCAUCCUUCAUUUGUAAAGGCAACUCCAAUUGUUCCAAUGCCACAGGCAAUCUAGACACGGGAGAUGACUUUCCGCUCGCUCCCGAUGUCGACCACCUCAAUCCGACGGUGCCGGAAGGAUUUAGUGGAUUGGAUGAACUGGCUCAAGACUGAAAUUGGAUUCGACGGAUGGCUCUUUUCUAUGGCCACCGGAUAUUCGCCAAGGAUCACCUAAAUCUACAUGGCGAACACAUCACCUGAUUUUGCCAUUGGAGAUUAUGGGAAGUUCUUCACGUACGGUCCAGAUGGAACGACAACUACUAACGCGGACAAGCACCGUAAACAGUUGGUUCAAUGGGUUCAGCUUUUGGAGGGGAGUGGUCGAGGUUGAAGCACUUGAACGGAAAGCCUCUGGGAAUGAUAGGAGUUUUACCUCAGAACUCGGUGACAUUCAUCGAUAAUCAGGACACGGAGUCGCAGAAGAUUUGGCCAUUCCCAACCGAUUAUGUCAUACUAAGAUUAUGUCAUUCCCAACUGAUUAUUUUGCCUCUCUCUCGCCGUCGCAAGAAACAUGAUAUGAGGUUGGGUGAGGAAAAUCCCAAUUUGCCCUAAUUUUUUGAAGAUCCCCAAAUCUGAUUCAGUUAGAUCGUGCAUUCUUGGAUGUGCUUGCCAUAGUGCCAGUUCACGACCUGUAGCUUCAGAAUUUUAAGUAUACAAUUUCCUGGUAGUAAGUUCUCUCCAUUGCCUUUUGUAUAGAGCGCUACUUUCAGCCGUAAAGGGUUAAGCCAUGGUCAAUACGUAGAUCUGAUAAUGAGAUUGUUGGCUGUUGUUCAUUUGUCGGAAAUAAAACUAAGUUGGACUGAAUUUGCUAUUUCUAGUUCUGAGCUA